ACCGCGGAAUAAAGAGCUGCGGGAGAGGAAGGCUGCCGUUUGCGGGAACUCAAACGGGGAAAGUCGGGAAACCCCGGAGCGCGGUAGCCUGUGGUCGGACUCGGUUGGCAGGUUGACUGGCACCCCUCGGCUCCUUCCAUGCUCUUGAUUGAUGGGUAUGCCGAAGCUCUUGCAGGGAGGGUGUGAGAUGGCGACUCAUGGCAUCCAAUGGAGUUGAAGACUUGAAGAGACGGGCGUCCCAUUCAGCCCUCGCCUCUGGAGCCAGGUCUGCGGCGGUACUUGUGCCCAACGGCCACGGCUCGCCCCACCCCCUGGACAGGAAGAGGCCCAUGACCCCGCAGCCCCGGAGCCCUGUGGCCAAACCCAGCACGAGAGCGGGACAGGACCAGCCGCUCUGCGUCUCAGGGAUUUCCCCACACCGUGCCUACAUCUGCGUGCCUGCGUCCGGGCCCGGGGCCAAUGGCGUCUGGAACGCCGGCGCAAGUCGCGUUAAUGGUGCUGGCGACGGAGGCUCGGUCUCUGAUGUAGCUCUCAGGAGCCCCCAGCCUUCCGGCGCUCCCCUCACCGCCUCCCAGAACCCGUGCGGGCCGGAACCCGCCCCCCAAGGCUGCCGAACCCCCCUGCCCGUCGACCCGCUCCGGUUGAGGUCUGGUUUGCUGGGGAAGAGGGCCUUCUCGCCCCAGCCCUCUGCCUACCCGACCUCUCCCUCCCCGCCAAAGGCCACGUCCCAGGCAUCCCCAGUGGUCACCGAAAGCAGCAUGCCCACCAACCAGUCUUCCCCGUGGAGCAACGCGAAGCUCAGGGAUGGUGGCGACGGGAUCGUACGGCCUACCACCGCCAAAGUGCCUUCCCACCCCAGGCAGGGGCGAGGCGACCUGGGGAAGCCCACCCCUGUCCCCUCCCUAACUCCUCUCCACCGCGAGAAUGGUGGCAAGACGGAGCCCGGGCUCACACACCCCCCCACGCCUUCACAGGAACAGUACCAGGACCUGGUGCAGAACCACAGCUGGGGGGGCGAGGCCCGGCAGCGAAUCGAGACCGUGGCGACGGACGCAGGUGAGGCGGAAGGUCGGUCAGGGUGCCUUGUGGACCGCAGAGGUUCCGCGGGGCCGGAGAAGCUCCGGAAGAGCCAGCCUCAGGUGUCGCUGACGGCGGCCGUGCAGAAGCUGACGGCGAGCGCCGCCCACCUGCGGAAUGGGACAGUGAAGGCCUUGACCUCGAGUAACCCCAGCGUCCUGGAAGUGGUGGGGAGGGCCCCCCCGUGCUCCCCCAGCCACGCGCCUCCGGGCAAAACCUCACCGCUCUGCCUUACAAACGGGACCGCCGAGCCCAGCUGCAUUCCCAUGGAGGUCUCCAGCGCCGCCCGCCUCGAUGCCAGGAGUUGCGGCCGCGGAGCGUUACCCCCCGCCGCGCGUGCCGGUGCCAUUCCAGGGGACGGCCCGAGCGGAAGGGCCUCUCCUCAACAGCCUUCGGUUUACUCAGUGACCACCCAGAUAUCUGCCAUACACCUGACCAAGGACAGCGCGCCCCUCCCAGAGGACCAGGGCUGCCCCUCGCCACCGCUGGAGGAGCAGCGUGCCAUGACCCCCGACCAGGAGACUGUUGCCAUGCUACGGGAGGACGGGGAGGAAGAGGAGCUGCCGGAUGGGCUUGAGGACCACUGCAGCGGCGACGACGAUGACGGAUCUGAAGCCUCCUCCAUGAAUGACGCUUCUUCUGUGAAUGACACCUCUUCUGUAGCCUCCAUGGUGGUUCUAUCAAACGUGGAGGAGCCGGCGACCCCCGACAUGGAGGAUAACAGGCCCGAGAGGCCGGCCCUGGUGCCCAGCCUGUUCCCUUCCUUCCCCCCCACACUCUACUUCAGCACAGCCGCUGAGAGAGUGGAGCUGCUGCCAGCGGAGCAGAGGAGGCUGCUGAAAUGGAAAAUCAGCUCCGUCACGCCAAACGUGGUCAAGCAGACCAUCGCCAGGUCGCAUUUCAGGGUCACCAAGAGGAGCCACGACUGGCUGGGAUGCUGGGGUCACCACAUGAAGUCGCCGGGAUUCAGGGCCAUCCUGGAGCACCAGAAGCUGAACCAUUUCCCAGGCUCUUUUCAGAUUGGCCGAAAGGACCGACUGUGGCGGAACCUGUCCAAGAUGCAGGCUCAUUUCGGCAAGCGGGAGUUCAGCUUUUUCCCACGGUCCUUUGUGCUCCCGCAGGACAUUAAGCAGUUGCGGAAGGCCUGGGAGGAAGGCGGCAGCCGGCAGAAGUGGAUCAUCAAGCCGCCGGCGUCGGCUCGGGGGAUCGGGAUCCAGGUGAUUCACAGGUGGAGCCAGAUGCCCCGCAGGAGACCGCUUCUGGUGCAGAAAUACCUCCACAAGCCCUACCUCAUCAGUGGGAACAAGUUUGACCUGCGGAUCUACGUUUACGUCUCCUCCUACGACCCUCUCCGCAUCUACGUCUUCACCGACGGCCUCGUCCGCUUCGCCAGCUGCAAGUAUUCCUCUUCAAUGAAAAGCCUGAGCAACAAGUUCAUGCACUUGACGAACUACAGUGUGAACAAGAAGAACUCGGAGUAUCAGAGCAACAGCGAUGACAAGGCCUGCCAGGGACAUAAGUGGGCUUUGAAGGCUCUGUGGCAGUAUCUGGGAGCUAAGGGAGUCAACACCACCGUGAUCUGGGACAAGAUCAAAGACAUUGUGAUCAAAACCAUCAUUGCGUCGGACCCGUACGUCAACGCGCUGCUGAAGAUGCACGUGCACUCGCCCUACAGCUGCCACGAGCUCUUCGGCUUCGACAUCAUGCUGGACGAGAACCUCAAGCCCUGGCUUCUGGAGGUCAACAUCUCCCCCAGCCUGCACUCCAGCACGGCGCUGGACGUCAGUAUUAAGGGGCAGAUGAUCAGGGAUGUGCUGAACCUGGCUGGCUUUGUGCUUCCCCACCAGGAGGACCUGGAUCUGUCCAGCAGCUCCUCCAGCAGCUUGUGCGGCGGGGCGACGGGGAGAGUGGGACACACAUCAGAGCUGUCAACAGAUGAGAAAAUCAAGAGAGCUGCUUUUCUGAGCCAGCGCUUUGCAGAUCAGGAGUUCCUGUCCUCUGUGCUGGACGUCCUGACUCCGGGUGAUGUGCGGGCGCUGGCGGAGACGGAGGACGAGCUGACCCGGCGGGGCGAGUUCGAACGCGUGUUCCCCUCCCCGACCUCCUCCCGCUACCUGCGCUUCUUUGAGCAUCCCCGCUACCUCAACAUCCUGCUCAGCCAGUGGGAGCAGAAACACUGGCAGAACAGGGCCAAAGGCGUUGACCUGCUUAGGAGUCUCUGUCAGAAAGGCGUUCACCUGGGAAACACCUCUGACCCAGCACACCUUUGGUCAUCCAGAACCAGCUGUGGUCAGAGGUUUGACCCCUGCAGUAACCCCUCCCCCAAACAUGAUCCAAUCAGAUCAAGCGUGGUGAUCAGUAAGAGGCGUGGAUCCCAGGGCGAGGAUGAGGAUUCUCCCCAGGAGGACCUGUGGUCAGUGACCUCCAGCCUCUCCGACAUCGGCCUCCUGGGGUCCCCCAGCCCCGGGCCGGCCGGCGACAGCCCGCACCCCACUGACUCUGCGUGACGCGCGUGCUGUCACUGUUUACACUUUGGGCUUCCAACCGACGCACAAACGCAGUCUCAGGGUCCGGGAGAGGGGAGUGAGGCGGGGCGUGCGUGCGCGAGGCACGGGGCGAGCACAAAAUCGCAGACGCACCCUUCUGUCCGCUCUCCUCUUCCACUCCGGGGUGCAUCCCUCGCUCCUCUGGCUCUGUCUGAAGAGAGGGAGAAAGGAGGAUGAGAGGAGAUCUAUCUGAUGGGCAAACAGCAUUGCCGAAAUCACUGGCCAAUACCACGGUGACGUUGUCUUCGUUACAGAGCAGCCCUGUAACGGCUGUAUAGGUUACACAGGAAAUUACAGGAAGCCUUUUCAGCUGAAGAGAAGCAGGUGACGUCCUCCUGGUUCCUCGCCUGGGGUGGAGUCUGUCGAGAGCAAUGCAAUCCAAUCAGGUCCCUCUCGUAUGUAUGUUUACAUUUCAGCUGUGGGCACUGCGGGAUCAUUACUAACACACCUAUUUGGCCUGUGAUUUCAUAUAUGCUAGAUAUUUGUUAAUUUUUUUGGAAAAAAAAUAAAAUGGGAAUAAUAAUUGUUAUUAAUAAAAACUGUAUUUUUAUCCUUGGAUAAUGGUAGUCACUGACG